AUCCAAUUGUGUCCUGCGUAUACUGGACAACCCAACCUCGAUUCGCUCAGCUCAGUACCUUGGGCUUUUGCUGUUGAACUAGAUUGUGUACCUUGACUUUGUAGCAUCUCUGCUUAUCUUUGUGAUCCCACAAUCAUCACCAUGAUCACAGCCCAGCUGAGGGACGCCCUGCAAGAGGCUGUGGUUAUGUGCUCAGAGAGAUGCCUCUAUCAAUCAGCAAAAUGGGCCGCAGAGCUUCUCAGUGCCAUCCCCCCAGAUACCAAUGAUGCAGACCCGGAAGGAGACCAAAAUCGCUUCAUUUCUCCGGGUUUUGCCCGCAAUCCAGAUCCAACAGAGGCAGCCCUUGAAGCCGCCGAAUUCAACAAGUACCUGCUUGCAAAAUCGUUCUUUGAUUGCAAAGAAUUUGAUCGAUGCGCCGCCGUCUUCCUCCCCGACUCUCUACUCGCCGGUUUAGUACCAACCACCCGAGCCGAAGACAAUAUACCAUCGGCAAAUGCAACAAAAGACCAAGCCAAGCCUCCCUCCACACAAACUUUACGUCCCCAUGAUUUACCAGAACUGAGCCAGAAGAGUCUGUUUCUUGCACUAUAUGCCAAGGUGAUCUCGGGCGAAAAGCGCAAGGAUGAAGAUGCCGAGAUGGUUAUGGGCCCUCAUGACCUUGGUACCAUUGUCAACAAACAGCUGCUUCCGGUCAGCAACUACCUUGAGCAAUGGUUUAAUAGGAGGUCAAAUGAGGAUGGAUACACUCCAGGGAGUCAGGGGUGGUUGGAAUACUUAUACGGUAUGGUUUUGGCAAAAUCAAAGAGUGAGGCCGAGGCAAUGGAGUGGUUUAUCCGCAGCGUCCAUCUGUUUCCCAUGAACUGGGGCUGCUGGUUGGAGAUGACCUCACUCAUAUCAAGGGUAGCAGAUCUUAACGCCAUAUCACCUCAGUUGCCACAGAACAUAGUGUCGUUCAUGUUUCACCUACACACGUCGUUGGAGCUUUAUCAGCAGGGACCGCAACUUGCCCACUCAUUGGAGGAGCUUUUGAAGCUUUUUCCCACGUCAUCUUUUCUUCUCACAUGCAGGGCAUUGUUGGAAUAUCACAACAAAGAUCUUACCCUGGCUGAGCAACACUUUAGUACACUUCUCGCGCUUCAUCCUCAUCGGCUCGACUCUCUAGAUCACUAUUCCAACAUCCUCUACGUACUCAACUACCGGCCCAAACUAGCAUUCCUAGCCCAUCUUUGCUCGUCAGUGGACAAGUUCCGACCGGAAUCAUGCGUCGUUGUCGGCAACUAUUACUCUUUGCUGUCAAUGCACGAAAAGGCCGUGCAGUACUUCCGACGAGCUUUAACACUGGACCGUUCUUGUCUUUCGGCCUGGACCCUGAUGGGUCAUGAAUACGUGGAACUAAAGAACACGCAUGCCGCCAUAGAGUCAUAUCGUCGAGCGGUUGAUGUCAAUCGUCGCGAUUACCGUGCAUGGUACGGCCUCGGACAGACAUACGAGGUGUUGGAGAUGCACACAUACGCUUUAUGGUAUUACAAAAAGGCUGCCGGUCUCAGGCCCUGGGAUGGCAAAAUGUGGAUGGCAGUGGGCUCUUGUCUGCAAAAGAUGGGUCGCGAACGAGAUGGAAUCAAGGCGCUAAAGCGUGCUCUCCUAGCUGACUCGUCAUACGAGACUGGUUCUGGAUCUGGACAAGGAACAGCCGGAGCAAGCGGGAGCUUUACCGGUGGAGGUCUCGAUAGAACCGGUGCUCUCCAUAUGGAUCCCGAGGUUCUUUUACAAAUCGCCAAUAUGUACGAUAAUCUCGGAGAGUUGGAUGAAGCUCGCAUGUACAUGGAGCUAUGCGUCUCUCAAGAGGAUGGAGGGGAAGAGGACGAAAUGGCCGGGCUAGGAAACUCGAUCAGCAUUCACAGGGAUGCCUCGGUGGGGUCAGAUGAUGACGAGCCAAGGCCGGAGGGCAGCAAAAUGAACACAACACUGGUGGUAGCAGGCGGUGGUACUGGCGUGACUCCUGCCACAAGCAAGGCUCGUAUGUGGCUAGCACGUCACGCUUUGGAAUAUGAAGACUACGCCGAAGCGCACAGACUUGCAACGGAGCUAUGUCAGGAUGGAGUCGAGGUCGAAGAGGCCAAAGCGCUUAUACGUGAGGCACGGGCGCAGAUGGAUCUCGCACAAGCUCAAGGGGAUGGAGCAGGCAGUGGUGGCGCCAUGUCGCGCACACCUCAGCAGGCCAGAGGCUAGAAGCCACAAUACCAGCGCGAGGAUUUAGUUGAUAGGUUUCAGCUGCAGGACAACCUGGAGGUUCCUCUGAGGACUAUUCAGUCUUUUCAGGUUCUGAGCGAGGUAUCGUCAAUCAAUGAUAAUCUCCGGGAUCUGGCCAUCGCACGUCCCCCUUAUCAACUGAGGGGAGAUGCGCCGGUUUUUGUCAGUCACGGUGGCAACCCAGGCGGCGUAGAUGCGACGUCGGCUCAAUCAACUUUGGACAGAGGACGGCUUGAGACUGAGCCCGAAGAGCCUGCGAGUCCGAGGCGACGCCGUAUGAGAGCAACUCAAGGCACGCAGUCAGCCAGUCGUCGAUCCCGCCAAAGAGAACCAGGAGACAUUCGGAGUCAUCCAGGUGCGUUAGACGACUGGGCCGAACAGAUCGAAGUCGAAAGACGGCGUCGUGCACAGAGAGAGCAACAACAUCAACAGUGGCUGGAGACGUUUGAUCUCCAGGUUACGCAACAAUCGAUGGAGUUGAGAAUUACUGAGCGGCAUGUUCGACAGCAGCGGAUGGAUAUGAGUAAUAACGGCCAAUCGGCUAUAGGCCCUCCAUCAUCUAGAACUAGAACAAGGACCGCAAGAGCGCGGUCGGGAUCGGCAGCUACUACGAUGCUACGAUGAAUGCGAGAAGGGCAGAAUAUGAUAACAUCCAGA